AUGCCUCCUAGACGCCGAAACCGCAGGGAGACUCCUCCCGCUCCAGGAGAUGGGAAUGCUCCUGAAGGACUAGCGAACGCCUUGGGACAUAUUGUCCAGCAGUUGACUGCAGCGCUUCCUGGCUCUAGAACUGAUUUUACCAUGGAGCGAGCGAGGAGACAUGGAGCGUAUAGUUUCUCCCAUGCUCCUGAUGCUAUGGACGCUCAGAAUUGGCUGAACAAAAUGGAGAGAGUUUUUACUCAUAUAAAUUGUCUGGAGGACCGGAAAGUGGGCUUGGCAGUAGACUUUCUUGAUGGUGUUGCUUAUGAUUGGUGGGACAUGACUAGCAAGGAACCAGGAAAUGUUGGCCCGAUGACUUGGGAACAGUUUAAGGAUGAAGUAGAGUUCUUACAUCUAGAGAAAGGGGACAAGACCGUGUCGGAGUUUGAGCAGCGGUUCACCCAGCUAUCCCAGUUUGUGCCAGAUUUGGUAGGCACUGAUGAGAAGCGAAUCUACAGGUUUAUUGAAGGAUUGGGGGGUGAUUAUCGUCUGCAGUUGACAGCUGUACCAUUCUAUACUUACCAUGAGGUGGUUAAUGCUGCUUUGAGACUCGAGACUAUGUUUUUGUCUGGUGUUCGACCUCGAGAUGCGGGUGGCCCUAGCCAGGGUCCAUCCAAGAGAGCUGCUUCCACUUCUGGUUCAGGAUCUUCUGGAGGUGGUAGACGUGUUAGCUCGGAUUCGAUCACCCUAUCUGAUUUUGGAGGACUUAAUAUGGGAGGUGGUCAGUCUGAGUAG